AAUUCUUGACUUAAGGACCAACCCCUACCACGAGGGGGGACGCCUUCUGGGUUGGCAGACCUUUUGGAUGUAGCGUUGUGGGAACAUUUAGACCCUUUCCUCUGGAAGAGCCACCAUGAAUUCGGUAGCUGGAAAUAAAGAGAGGCUUGCGGUCUCCACCAGGGGCAAGAAAUACGGGGUGAAUGAAGUGUGCUCUCCCACCAAGCCCGCCGCGCCCUUCUCCCCCGAGAGCUGGUACCGCAAGGCAUACGAGGAGUCUCGAUCAGGGAGCCGGCCCACCCCCGAGGGCGCGGGUUCUGCGCUCGGUUCGUCGGGUACCCCGUCCCCGGGCUCGGGCACCUCGUCCCCGAGCUCCUUCACUGGCUCUCCGGGCCCCGCAUCUCCGGGCAUCGGUACCAGCUCGCCGGGCUCCCUGGGCGGCUCGCCCGGCUUCGGCACUGGAUCCCCGGGCUCGGGCAGCGGCGGCGGCUCCUCCCCCGGCUCGGACCGCGGCGUCUGGUGCGAGAACUGCAAUGCCCGCUUGGUGGAGCUGAAGAGGCAGGCUCUCAAGCUGCUGCUGCCGGGACCCCUCCCGGGCAAGGUGAGCCACUGA